CGCCAGUCUCCCAAGGGCCGCGAGAUGGGCACGCUGGCGGCACCUGGCAACUAACACGAGCUAUAUAAGAGGGACUGGCUGCAUGCAAGCCUUUGUUGAGUGUCAGUCUUCGGCGAGAUAGUGUUCAGCCAUGCGAGGAGCUGUUCUGGUGGUGCUGGCGGUGGUGGGAGCAGUGGUGGUGUCAGCCAGUAAGCCCAACAUCCGCCCCAUCACCAUUGAAGAGUUGUUGAACGACCAUCCAGACCUCAAGGCUUCACUGGCUGCCAAGCUCAGUGCCUCCAAGGCACAGCAAGGCUCUGAACCUUCAGCUGUCUCCACCACCUCCACCACCACCACCACCACCACCACUACCACCACACCACCACCACAAGCAGACUCUCCUACAGCCCCCCACAGCAUCCACAACCCCCACAGGCAGAAAGAGGAUAAGGGGAAGGGGGGCGAGGAAGGCAGCAGGGUGCCCGGCGACGCAGACCGGUGGCAGAGACAUCCACACACUUUGCAGCAGAGGAGGCCACCCACCGACUACGUGUGGUGCCCAGCCAACCUGUGCAGAAUGCACGAAGAUUCCCCACGGGAAAAUGAGAUUACUAAGCCACCACCACCGCCACACACUGGCCAGAGAUGAUGACCCAAGAUAUGUUUUUUCAUAGAAGAAUCUCGCAAGCCACAGGUCAUCCCUGGCAAAUUUUGUUGACACAAACUCUACCUACAUAUUUUUUUUAGAAUACAGUACUUGUAUAUCUGUAUAUGAAUUAGCAGUUUUCAAAUAUUAUUUAAAGAUGCUGAUAAGUACUACGCAACAACUGUGAGGACAGUGAAGUGUUCCAAGCUUCAAGCUCAGCCCACCAAGCUUGUUGGGUGACCACUGAAUCAUUCACUUUGGGUGCCAACUCAAAAUUAUCCUGACAUAUCUUCUGAACCACAGUGUGGCUCCCUUGUCUACUCUCAUCCACAAAGAAGUGCAGCACUUCAACCAAAGCUAUUUGUCACAAAAUCAUGAACCUUUGUUUUGUAUGUACAAACUUGGGCCAGACAGCUGGCUCUCACUACCUUCACUGAACAUGUAAAUAUCAACAGAUCAAAAAUGAAAGUGCUACUUUUAACUAUAA